AUGAAAUUCUCUAUUGCACUUGUCUCUACUGCUCUAGCUGUCGCCUUCGCGAAGCCUCAAUGGGGUGGAUCUGCGGAAUCAACAGGAAAGCAUCAUCACAAGCACCAUCACCGCCACACUCGCUCUCCACGAACGGCCGCUCCUGUCUUCACCGACGGGACACCAGAAUCCAGUGACCUGCCCGUUGGCCCUACCGGCAUUGCUGAUUUAAAAUACAAGCCCCACCACAAGCACCACCAUCGACACACUCGCCCUCCUCCAUCAGCCGCCCCUGAGACAACUGUGACGGCAACUGAUUUCCCUGUCGAUCCUUCUCAUACUGUUCCAGUGGUAACGAUGGCAGAGGUUACGGUGGAAAUGCCAGGAGCUUCUACGGAUGCUUCGAGUGCGACUGCUGAGGGUUCCGGGAGCAUGCAAGAAUGA